GUACCUGCGGGAUUGUCCUCUCGCACCUGCUCAGUCCUCUGCGCUGUCGUCCAAGAAUGGCCGCUGCUGCAGCAGGAAUAAACAAGCAGGGCGCCGUAGCGACGAUGGAGCCCUGCAUCCGACACGGGAGGGGAGCUCAUGGAAACACGGUGAAGGUGCUGGAGUGUGGUGUGUGUGAGGACGUCUUCUCCCUCCAGGGGGACAAGGUCCCUCGUCUCCUGCUGUGUGGUCACACAGUGUGCCAUGACUGUCUGACCCGGCUGCCCCUCCAUGGCAGAGCGGUCCGCUGCCCCUUCGACAGACAGGUCACUGAGCUGGGGGACUCUGGAGUUUGGGGUCUGAAGAAGAACUUCGCUCUGCUUGAACUUCUGGAGCGACUCCAGAAUGGAGCGACCAACCAGUCUGGGAUGGCGGAGGACGCCCUGAAAGGAAUGGGAGAAUGUAUAAUCCGCUGUGACGAGGACGAGAGCCACACAGCCUCCAUGUACUGCACCGUGUGUGCCACCCACCUGUGUGCCGAGUGCUCCCAGCUCACCCACUCCACACGCACGCUGGCCAAACACCGCCGGGUGCCGCUGGCUGACAAGCCUCAUGAGAAGACCCUGUGCCCGCAGCAUCAGGUCCACGCCAUCGAGUUUGUCUGCCUGGAAGAAGCCUGUCAGUCCGGGCCCCUCAUGUGCUGCGUGUGUAAGGAGUACGGCAAGCACCAGGGACAUAAGCACGCUGUUCUUGAGACUGAAGCCAAUCAGAUCCGUGCGUCCAUCCUGGACAUGGCCCACUGCAUCCGCACCUUCACAGACGAAGUGUCCGAGUACUCGAGGAAGCUGGUGGGCAUCGUGCAGCAAAUAGAAGGCGGGGAGCAGAUAGUGGAGGACGGAGUCGGCAUGGCACACACUGAACAUGUCCCCGGCACAGCAGAGAGCGCUCGCUCAUGUGUCCGAGCUUACUUCGCAGACCUCCACGAGACUCUGUGUCGGCAGGAGGAGAUGGCGCUGAGCGUGGUGGACGCUCACGUCAGGGAGAGGCUGAUCUGGCUGAGGCAGCAGCAGGAGGACAUGACCAUCCUGCUGUCUCAGGUCUCCACAGCCUGCCUACACUGUGAGAAAACUCUUCAGCAGGACGACUGCAGAGUUGUGCUUGCGAAGCAGGAGAUCAACUGUUUGCUGGAGACGCUUCAGAAGCAGCAGCACCAGUUCACAGAGCUGGCAGAUCACAUUCAGCUGGAUGCUGGCAUCCCUGUCACCUUCACUAAGGACAACCGGGUCCACAUUGGUCCGAAGAUGGAGAUCCGUGUAGUAACUCUUGGGCUCGAUGGAGCUGGGAAAACCACCAUCCUCUUCAAGCUGAAACAAGACGAGUUCAUGCAACCCAUCCCAACCAUCGGUUUCAACGUGGAGACAGUUGAAUAUAAGAAUUUGAAAUUCACUAUCUGGGACGUGGGUGGAAAACAUAAGCUGCGACCUCUCUGGAAACACUAUUAUCUCAACACUCAAGCGGUGGUGUUCGUGAUUGACAGCUGCCACAGAGACAGACUCAUGGAGGCUCACAGUGAGCUGGCCAAACUACUGACGGAGAAGGAGCUGAGGGACGCCUUGCUGCUCAUCUUUGCAAACAAACAGGACGUACCUGGUGUGGUGUCUGUGGAGGAGAUGACGGAGCUGCUGAGCCUACACAAGCUGUGCUGUGGGAGGAGCUGGCACAUUCAGGGCUGUGACGCCCGCAGUGGGAUGGGCCUCCACGAGGGGCUGGAUUGGCUCUCCAGGCAGCUGGUGGCUGCUGGCGUCCUGGACGUCGCCUAAACGUUACUUUGACUCUCCCCUAACGACUCGAACCCCGCAUCCUCUGAGCCCUGCUCAUCAGCUCCCCCUCCACUCCCCAAUAUUAACUUUGAAGACUGCGGCUCUAAGCCCGCCCUCCUCAUCUUUCCUUCUUUGCGCACCAAUGUGGGCAAAGAAAACAAGAUGUAAAUACGUUCUCUCGCUUCAUGAAACUACAACCUCCGAGAUAUACACUCACCGGCCCCAGAACCUUGAGUUGCUUCUUUUCCAAGGCAGCUUACAGUCUAACAUGUCGCUUGCUUUAGUUUCUCUUUGUUCUAACCUUUUCUUCCCAGAGACAAGCUGUUAUCUGGCACCUAUCGCUCGCUGACUCGGGUCCAGUAAUAUGUUAAAAAUGCUCCUUGUGCCCUGGCAGAGUGAACUCUAUCUGUAUUUUCUAUCCUCAUCAUAACCGCCUCCAUAUGUGACAGUAAUCUUCAGUAAACGCAGAGUAGUCUGUACGGUAGUGAUUUUCGUACCUUCUGUUGAUUCAGUAUACUCUGACGACACAUCAUAUAAUCCUGAUAAUUACUGCAACAACCUUUUAGCUGCGUAUCUGCAGGUGAGACGGGACAGAGAUGUUCACCGCGGACGACUUUAAACUUUCGGCUCUCCUCUCACUUUGCCUUCAUCUGAUGUAAGCAAUAGCAGUGGGUGUUUCAUGGGGUCUUUAAGUUAUGUGUGUUCUUUUUUAUAAGUGUACUCUGAACCUAUUUAAUGCCACAGCUGGUCUUGAGAUGGCGCACCAGUGGGGUUUUGGUGGGGAUGUUUUCUGUUACAGAACAAAGUGUUUACUGAACUUAUUUAUGAGAGGGAAUGUUACUUUGAUACCAGGCUGUAGUGUAACGCACCGAUUCUGCCUCCGUUUUGUGGAGCCUCGCACGCAGGAUUUGUGGAAUGCACUUGUUUUGCUGCCUCACUACCAGUUUUCAUUUGGGAGCAAAUGAACUUUCUGCUGUUUCUUAGUAGACCGAGUAUUAAUCUCACUGCAAAAAAAAUAA